AUGGUCCGCAACCCAAGAUACACAUUUGAGUUUGAGGAGCUCGUCCGUCGCUAUCUUCAAGAUGCUCAAAAUUCAAGCUCCAAGAUAGGCAUCGAGGACUUGAACCAGCAUAUCAAGGCGAAUGGGCAUGGUGAUGGAUUGAUAAAGGGACAGUUUAACUAUCUGAAAACGAGAUUUCGAAAUGGUGAGCUUGGCAUCGGAAACCUCAACCAUCGAGCGGCUGCUAUAGCUGCUGGUCUACUUGACCCUUCAGCUGGUCAACAGACGGGCAAUGCAGUGGCUAAUACUCCCAAAUCUGAUCCUCCCGGCCCAAAGACUCCAGUAAGCCUUGGUGCAACUCCUGUCAAGCAAGACUCCAUUCCCGCCCGGCCUGUCAAACCUACACCUCAACGUCCCGCCCCGGAACCUCAUCCGUACCCCAAAAGCCUCCAAGUCUUCCCCGACCUAGGUCUGCCACCGAUUGGUAGUCACCGCAAGGCCGAUAUCGCUUUUUUGCACUCAAAACGGCCACGUAACCAUGAUGAGCACCCAGGAACGACCCACUUUGGAGAUACCAGCAGCUCCGGGUCUUCAUCUCCAGUGCCGUCGGCCAUGGAUUUGUCCAAGGCUUAUAGCACAGCCAGGACAUCUUCACUUCUCCCCCCUAAGCCACCCGCAGAUGCGCUGCCACAGCCACAAGCCGACAAGGUGGUCCCGUUGGAUCCCAUGCUUAGCCAUUCGCCCAUUGUUGGCAAGACUGAUGCUCUGUCGUCCACAAGCUCUGUGCCGUUUGGGCAGGCUGGUGUAGAUGCUCAGAUGAAGGAGGCAGUCAAUACUCGGACUGGCGACAGUAUCUUUAAAGCUGGCAUCAUGAAAUCUUCUAGUCCGAAUUUUGUAUUGUCUGCUGGUGCCCGCGAGAAACUGAGGACUAUUCUCGAACCAGUCAAGUCUUUUGAGCAUCCUGCGCCUAGACAACCAUCACCAAGUGCUUUCUUCAAUGCCGCUGGCCACCAGGCUCAGAAACCGCAGUCGACCAACACAGCCACCGGAACUAUGGAGCAGAAAACCUCGCAAUCGUCUCAAAUCCCAGCCCAUCAGCCCUCCGGCAGCGGCCAGGUACCUCCCCAACCUUCAAAGGUUUCGCAAACCACAAAGCCCAUGAGCGCUCCCGGUAGCACGACGUUCAAGCCUAACAUGCUGCCACCAGGUGGACUGACACAUCCGCUGCCAUCCAAGCCCGUCAUCGAUGCGUCGCAGCCGAAGCGGCCCAAGCCAUCACCCUGGCACGAGCCCAGCUCCCUAUCCAUGUCGACGAGCGGUAACGCCCAGGCAAGUAUUGCGAGCGCUCAGGAGGCGAACAUGCGCAUGUCCCAGGCUAGAUCGUUCCCGUCGAGUCCCAUCAUCGGCCACACGGGCUAUCCUACUAUAGGCUCCAAGGUGGCCACAUCCAACCCCGCCAAUGUUAGCCAGGCUGUUUGUUCGAGGCCCGAUAUCCUCGGCCCAAACUCUGGCGUGCCGAACCUGGGUGGGCUGGUUAUGUAUGGUGUGCCAUCCGAAGCCGGAGGUCAGAUCGGCAGCAAGCGCAGGUUUUCUCAGAUGGAGAACGGAGGUACAGCUCACGGCGGCAGCAGUGAGCUGCACUUGGUCCCAGGUGUGCAUCGGCAGGCAGAAGGAGUCGUAGGGCGGGCUCUGUCACAGUUCGGUUCUUACCCUCCUCUGGACAUGUACUGCUCUGGGCAAGCUCCAGCCUCGAGUGGAGACACCCAGAAACUCAAUCAAACCGGUAGUGAUGGACAGACUGCUGCUGUUACUCAUAGUGGUCGAGUCGAGUCCAGAAGAUUCAUCCUAGGUGCCGGCAAAGACGACGCCAAAAAAGGCUCUGUCAAGCCGGAGCGGUCGAGAAGUCCCGUGAAGCUCCCAGUCCCUUCUCAUCGCACGGAGAAUGAAGAGAAGGCAAUCUUGCCAGAGCAACCCAAUGCCAUCAGCACAGGUGGUGGGCAGCCCAACUACAAUUCCACUGCUGAUAAUCCCCAGGAAGAUACUGUCAUGAUGGAUGAUGCACUGGCCGGCCUGUCAAAGUACACAGACGAAGAGCUGUCCGCUGCCGCUAUGAUGGACAACGAUAUUUACAUCGCACCGGACAACAAUCUUGUCACGGCUGGUGGCGGAGUUGCACAUCCUCAACCUGCGACACAAAUCGACUACAGCGCUCCAUCUGGCACAAUCUCCCGAAACGCGCCGACCCUCGACGUCGAGUCCGCACCCACAUACUACGUCGCGCCGCCGGACCCGGGCCCUGUAGACGUGUAUCUGUGUGGUCCUGGCGCGGAGACUUGCCCGAUCUCGCCGGCCGUCGUCCACUUUCACUGCCGGCGUAACGGAACCGUAAUCUUUGGUGGCAUGGGCGACUUCCAGGCGGCGGCAAUCAUGUAUCAGCGUUCGGAGAAGUGCCAGAGUCGCGCCGGGCAGGGUGUACUGAGUACAAAUCAGAUUUGA